AUGAGAUUGAAUCACCUGCCGGACGAAAUACUACUCCUAAUUCUAAAAGAAUUAAAUAAUAUUGAAGUUCUUUAUUCUUUUCAUGAUGUUCAUCCACGAUUUAAUGGAAUUACACGUGAUCCAAUAUUCACGAGUCAUUUGAAUUUUGUCAAAUAUUCACGUGAUCAAAUUAUCAAUAAGUUUUCUUUUGAUUUUAUCGAUGAAUUUUCUUCACAAAUUUUACCCUCAAUUUGUGAAAAAAUCAAAUGGAUUAAUAUUGAAUCGUCAUUUAUGAAAUCUAUUUUAUCUGGGAACCGAUAUCCAAAUUUAUAUGGUCUUGGUCUAUACAAUGUUGAUGAAAAAAUGAUCAAUCUCCCUUCGAAUGAUGAAAAUCUUUUUCAAAAUCAAAUCACAUCACUUGUUAUUGGAAUUGAUCCAGAAAAAAAGAAUUGGACAAUAGUCGAGAACAUUUGCAAUAAUCUCUUCCCUGUGAUGAAUCAUUUAAUUGAUUUAACAUUUUGUGAACUCUCGUAUAAAACUCUCGUUCGAUUAUUGAUCGAUGUUCCAUCUCCGAAAUUUUCUUCAUCGACUCUAUUGACAUUAAAUAUCAAAGCACAAACAUUCAAUGAUUGUCUAUAUAUUCCUGAUGGUCGUUUCCAAAACCUUCAAUCACUUUCUAUUGAUUUAACCAACAUUGAUCCUUCAUCAAGACAAAUCGAAAAUCAAAAAAAAGUUCCGAAUCUCAAAUGUUUCAAUUUGUCAUGUCUUUUGGUGACUUGGCUUUACAAUGAAUUAAUUGUUCCACUUCUUCAUCGGAUGACGAACUUAGAAAAGCUUGGUUUAUAUCUUGAAACUGGAAUCAAGGAAAAAUUUAUUGAUGGAAAUACUUUGAAAAAAGAUAUUCUUGAUCAUUUAAUUAAAAUUAAUCAUUUCGAUUUUGAUAUUUAUUCAUUGAUUUCUUUGAAUAAUCAAACGAAUUAUCCAUUGCAACAAGAUAUUCAAAGUACAUUUCAAGGUGGAUCUUAUCCAUUUGUUCGCAUUGUGUCAUUAUAUGAUGAACGUCCAUUUGAACACGAUUUUUUUCUUCGGAUUUCUCUUGCAUUCCCAUUGAUGAAUCGGUUAACUGUGACUAAUCAAUGUUCACAAAAACGUAAACAAUCAAUGGAUAUAAAUGAGAACUUGGAAAUUAUUCGAUAUGAUCAUCUUCUUGAACUUGAUAUUGGACGAUGUCAUGAUGAUUAUACAGAACAAUUUCUUCUUCAUACAAAAACAUUUUUACAUGAUUCGAUUUCACUCAUUGUUGAUGCGGAAUCAUUAGAAAGAGUUACACAGAAUUUUACAAGAAAUCAAACACGAACAAAUUGUGAGAAAGUUAACGAAAUCUUUUUCUACGGAACAAAGAAAUAUUCGAUUGAAUCUUUACGAGAUUAUUUUCCUUUUGUAGAAAUUGAUUAA